UUUAUUAUUUUUUUCGUCAGAGCGGGUGCAAAUGAGUUCGGGAGCCAAAACGCCUCUUUCUAUUUGUUUUAAUUUUUUUCGUCGGAGCGGAUGCAGAUGAGCUUGGGAGCCAAAACGUCUCUCCCUUGGAAUUCUACAAACUGGCCACGUGUGGAUCAUACAAAGACCUAAUGCGAGUUUUAAGUCAGAUACUGGUAGCACCUAGUAGCCGCAUAUAAUUUGUAGGCGUGAGAGGCAUAGGAAAAAUAGCGACUGCCAUACUUAUAUUUAUUUUCAGCGAAUGAUGUAUGUGCCGCUAGACAAGGCUUCAAAACCGGGAUACAAAGCACUGCAAAAGCACGUAACGUCGUUCAUCUGAUGUUAAGCUUAGACUUUGGUCGUCGAGCCUUCAUGUUUUUCCUAACUAGUGUCUGCUUAGUGACAUGGAAACCUUCUAUCCUCUGUGUGCUCCUUGUCGUUUGAGGUGAUCUAGAUUAUUUGGGAGCCCGUGACGGUGAUCAAGCGGGUGGGUUGUGCAUGGGGCCAGAGGAACCAUAUACUCCUUCCAUUUGUAAAUAUAAGUGUUUUAGUGAUUUCACUAAAAGACUACAUAAGGAGUAAAAUGAGGUUCCAAACAAAAAACACUUGUCCGACUCAUCAUAGUGUCAGCAAGGAAGGUUCUAGCUAGAGAGACGAAAUACACCACAACCGCCCCCGUCACCAAAACCGAUCAACCACGGCAAGGACAUGCCUUUGGUUGUCGGAUGCAUGUAUGAAACAGUCACCAGCACCGCAAGAAACAACAAGCAUGUUGCUUUGGCAAUGGGGGUGGACGCCAAGCAUUUGCACAAGACACUCACACACACACAGGCGUUUACAGUUCGCAUGGCGCCAUGACGCCCCAUGCGUUCUCAAAUUACUUUCCCUUUGCUUUGGCCAUGCCAAUUUGUACUAUGUUAUUUAUUUGCGUCCUAAAAAUAACACGGAGCCUUUGAUUGCCCCCCUAUAAAUGUGUAGGUCAUGACCAGGAGAUCGAUCAAAAAUACAGCUAUGAUCCAAGCAGCUGGUUGUUCACAGUUCAGACAACCACCAUCAUGUUGUUAUAGUGUGCUAAUGCCAUUGGUCAGGCUUACGAUGUCCACCCAUGCAUGUCAUCAAAUCUGCCAAAACUAUAAAAAAAACACUUGGACUGAACUAUGAUACCUGUAUGUAGUACCUUGAUAGAGUGAUUAGUCUAGGUAAGAAACUUAAUCUGACAUACUUAGAGGUAUGGUUCCAGUACCAUUAACUCCAUAUGUGAUUAGCAAACUAUAAGUAGUCAUUGUCAUCAGCUCAAGGUUCUUAUAUUGUUGUAUUUACCAUAAGACAAUUUCCUGGAUUAAAUAUCUGUACUGAACAUCCAGCAGUCUACCAGAGUUCAAGUCUCCAAGAAGCUGGUUGUUCAUCCAAGUGUCUACUAAAAUUCAGUUGUUAUGUGAAAGGCGUGUGCUAUAUGUGAGUAUGUGACCAACAAAAAAAAGGCUCUUUUUCCACAUCCACUGUUAUUUAUCUAAAUAUAAUUCGUUUGAUGUUGCUUACCCGGUUCAGCCAGUGCGCUGUUAUAGUCAUUAAUGCCGGACCAAACUAAGAAAACUUAUCAAAGUAUGAAGAAGGAUACUGACAUCUUUUGCACCUAGAGAAGGACUCUUUUGUAGCAUCCAAGUUGCUAUGCAAUACUCUCUCUCUCCCAAAAUAAGUGUCACUCAUUUAGUACAAAGUUGGUAAAAAAAUGAACUAAAAUCAACGACACUUAUUUUGGGAUGGAGGGGGUAUAACUUUUCCACCAUGUCUGAAACUAUGAUUUGACUAAAUGUCAUGUCAAACCUAUAGCUAUCAAGGGGGCCUUGGUAAGCAAACACCGAUAAGAGCAAGCUCUCCACAGGAGAUGAGGGUGAGCAUGGUGCCAACAAGAGCAAGCUCUCCACAUUAGUUGAGGGUGAGCACGUCUGCGACGAGUUCAAGCAGGCCAAGUACCACCUUCAAGUGGAGAAAGUACAUGCGUGCCAAGUGCAGGCUGCUCCACAUCAGCAAUAACAGUUUCAGAAAAAAUCAUUUGAGCCCAAAUAGCACAGGAAACUGAACAUCUUAAGUCACCAAUCCCCGGAUGACACACUGGUUUUCGAUUAUUUUUUUCAAAAAAAUCGUUUUCAAGUCACCAAAACCCAAAAAAAUCUUAAGUCACCAAUCCCCUGAUGACACACUGGUUUCAGACAAUUUUUUUGAAAUUUGGCCCCAGAAGUUGAACAGGGAGGCAAAGAAAGCACAACCUAACUAAAAUUUCCUUGACAGCCCAUUUCUAAGUAGCCUUUGUUUCUUUUAUCUUGUGGUUUCCUUGUCAUUUUCAACGUCUUCUCCUUCCCUUUUCGUCUUUUACUUUCCUAUUUGGUAGCAAAGACUGUUGUGCUACUUCUGUUCAGAAAGUAAAUGGCGCCCACAACACAUUGAAGCAAACUGACAAAUGCAUUAUACAACUUGGAAGCCACAUUUUAAUCCAUUCAUUGGCUCAGCAAUAAGCAUCAUAAAUCAUGCAUCAAAGCCAUCUUCAGACAAGACAAAUGCAAUGGCUAGUAAAAGUUGGUACACAUGUAGAGAUAAUCUGCUUAGAUAACAGGAAACACAAAAGACUUGUAGGCUUCAGUUUAGUGAAGAGAGAGUACAAGAUCAUAUAUAUAGGUAUGAAAAUACAAUAAAAAUACAUGUUAUGCAUUAGUUUCCAAACUGCUAUGAGUAGAGUCAAAUCUUGACCCUCUGCAGCCUUAACGAUUUACAACACACAGCAGUGUAUUGUAAGUACUGAGCAACAUGCCAACCUGCUAUCUACAGUCUAGCGUUAGAACAUAUCAGAUAACCACAGCCAUUAAUUAUUACUCCCUCCAUCCCAAAAUAAGUGUCAAGUUGUACUAAGCUUAAGAUACUUAUUUUGGGAUGGAGGGAGUACUAGAAAAAAGAUCGCUACUGUGGUCCUUAACAGUUUAAUCUUACAACUUUUUAUCACAUGGUACAUGUUUCCAUGGUAUGGGCCUUUUAGGCAUACUCUAAAUGUUUGGCAACUAUAGUGUGGAGUAUUAGAUAAGCAUGGCCAUAUGUUUGUUUCUUUUUCCUAUACUUUUUACGAAUAUAUAUAACUAUGCUAGUCGCUGGCCAUCAAAUUUACAUUCUGCUCCUCCCUUCUGAAUCUGGUUCAGGUCUCUUGUUUGCAGCCUCUGAAUUCUAGUGUGCUUUGUGUUGUAAAACCAGAUGCAUAGAUAAAUAGACUCAUUCCCUUUUCUAUCUAACUUUAAGAAACAAAGGCACUUCUCCGACUCACCAUAGCGUCAGCAAGAGAGGUUCUAGCUAGAGAGACGAAAUGGACCAGAACCGCCAGCAUCCGAAAAGCAAUCAGCUGUGCCUUUGGUUGUUGGAUGCAUAUAUGAAACAACCACCAGCACCGCAAGAAACAAUGGGCUGGGCGUGCUGCUUUGGCACUGGCAGUGGACGCCAAGCACUUGCACAAGACACUCGCACACACACAGGCGUUAUGGUUCUCAUGGCACCGUGCUGCCCCAUGCAUGCUUAAAUUACUUUCUGCUUGCUCUGGUGAUGCCAAUCUGUACUAUGAUAUUAAUUUGCAUCAUAAAAAUUGCCCCCUAUAAAUCUGUGUACCUUGGUCAGGAGGUCGAUCACAGUCAUCAUCAACAUCAGAUCUGUAAGACUCGAAAGAGAUUUAGUAAGAGUGUGGACUAGAUCUAGAGAGUACAGAGUGAGAGGAUGUCGAAAAGCAGUGGCAAGCCGCUCCUCGUCGUGAUCCGCCGGAGCAAGCUCUCAGCAGGAGAUGAGGGCCGCCGCAUCUGCACAGAGUUCAAGCAGGCCAAGUACCCCUUCAAGUGGAGAAGGUACAUGUGCGCUAGGUGUGGGGUGCUCCGUGACGAGCACAAUGCCUGCAAAAGCAAGCUUUCUGCAGGAGAGGGGGGCGAGCACGACACCAGCAAGAGCAAGCUCUCCGCAGGAGAUAAGGGCGAGCACGGCGCUGACAAGUGCAAGCUCUCUACAGAAGAUGAGGGUGAGCGCAGCACCAACAAGAGUAAGGUCUCAGCAGGAGAGGAGGGCGAGCGUGUCUGCACCGAGUUCAAGCAGGCCAAGUACCCCUUCAAGUGGAAAAAGUACAUGUGUGUCAGGUGCGGGGUGCUCCGUAGCGAGCACCGCGUCAGCAAGGCCAAGGCCAAAUUGGGCAACGACACGGAGAAUAUCAGGGAGGAUCACCUGCCACCACGCAAGAGGCUCAUUCUCAGGUUCAAACGAUCACAGGCCCUUGCCACUGCUGCUGCUGCCGCAUCCAGGGAGAAGGAGAACAAGGAGGAGCUAGAGGAAGGGGAGAUGACUUGGAGCCCGGGCGUGACGAUCACCAAGGGGAAGAGAGCCCCAAGGAGAAAGCACUAGGAUACACCGUGAACUGAGCAAUGCACCAUUGAGAACUUGUUAUAUGUGAAACAACUUGUGUACU